AUGGCAUCUGCACUUGCAAAGUCGGAAACCCGACCGGCCGGACGGACGCUUCCGUCGAGCUCGGCCCACGGCAGACCGUCGAAGAUUCCAGUCCGCAGUGACACCUCUAGUGGCUCUGCAAGUGACGAUUCCGACGAUGGAGCCAAAUCAAGUUUGAAAGCCAAAAGAUAUGGUAAAAGCAAAAUACCGAGAGCUGUACCGGUAAAGAAUGUUACCUGCUCUACCGAACAUAGAACACUCGAGGAAAAACCCCAAAGAAGUGGAUUGCAACAAAAACUAUCAUCUACUUCAAAGAAUUCAAGCGCCAAUCCUAAAGUUGCAGGAGCAAAGGCGUCAGGUAAAGAAGAGAUAGCAAAGCUGCAAGGAGGAUUGAAGCGCAAAGAACUUAUUAAAGAGUCGCCCAGUUUUAACGCAGCCCGAAGCAACACGCGCACAUCGGGAACACGACGAAUGUCUUGGGGCAUUCAAAAGAAGUCGACCAAGACUUCAAAAGUAACACCAACAACAGGAGAAAAGGCAAAGAAGGGAAGUGGUUUACCUGAGGAAGAGCAGGAAAAACCAAGACGAGGAACAACACCCAAAACAUCGGCAUCGAAGCAUCCUGUAUUUGGCAAAGUAAACAAUGAAAAAGUGACAUCGAAGAACUACACUAAGAAAAGACAAAAUACCGCAUCAGCAUCAAAAAAGAAAACUAUAACUCCUCCUCGGGAAAGAGUCGACAAUAAAACACCCAAGAAGCUUAAAUCUGAUGUGGCUGUCAAAAAGGAGGAAGAGGAGGAGUCUGAUAGUUCACUAAGCGAUAAUAGUUUAGGAUCAGAACCACAAAGUUCUGAGUAUGAAGCUGAAACAGACGAGCUACCCGCAAGUGACUCUGACCCCGAGUGUGUCCUUAAAGAGGAUCAGAGCCAGACAGACAAAGGGAACGAAAAACAAGAAAUUGUCGAUAGUGUCCACGACAAUGACCAUGGACUUCAAUGUGUCCCUGAACAAGCCGAUGGUGGAGCAAAAUACUCAUCGAAAGAAAAAGAGUUGGAUGGUUCUGAGCGUAAAGUCGUUAAAUGCGAGCCAAAUGAGACUGAGACGAGAGGUCCUUCAUGUAUUCGAGGCUUUAGUGAUAACUCAAAGAUACAUAUCAACUUUGUAUAUGAAACUGAAUCUGAUGAAUUCACAUCAAGUCACUACAGCGAAAGUAGCAAGGAGCGAUGUGAAGAAAAAGAGGAAGAGAAAAAAGCGGAUUUUCCUGCGCAAUCGUCCGACAAAAAAGACCAAUCUUUGCAUGACGCAGAAGAAGAACUUGCUUUGACUGAUUGCGAAAUAGAAAGCAUUGCUGAAGAUAGUGACAUCGAGCAACAAGAUUGUUCUUCAAAACAGAACAACAACCUUAGUGACAGGUCAACCACAGAGAUAGCAAAUAACACAGAAGAGAAUGUCUUGCAGAAUCAUGUCAAAACAUCAUUGAAAGCUGCAAAAGAAAGUGGGCAAGCUGCCAAACAGAAAACUUCAAGUGAAGUGAUAGGAAAGUCCUUAUUGCCCCUGUCACAUGAAGGCGAUGGCAAGGACACGGUUUCUGACAAAAACCAAAGUGAAGAUUCAGACGAUUCCUUCUUUGGCAUAAACGUUGCAAAGUUUUAUGUUAGAAAUACUACAGGACAAAGUGCGACGUACAAGGCAGAGGACAUGGAGCCAAAAGAUAAUACCUUUGACAUCGAAAGAAAAGAUCUACAAGGUGAUUAUGAUGGCGAUUACCUAGCAAAUAAUUGCGAAUCCAACGGAAAUAAAUCGUAUAUCCUGAACGCUAUAAAGGAUGAAAUCUGUGCUGGUCUUUCACAAGAUCCCGAAAGUGUCAAUGAGAAUGAUGAGGGCAAGAUACAAAACAAAGGCAACACGAAAUUCGAAGUUAUUCAGAAUCGCAGAAUGCUUGUUGGCUUUGAGCAGAUACCAUAUGAAAAUGAUAAAGAUAAAAAAAAGCUUCUAUCGGUAGAGGAAGACCCUUUUGUAACUGAACUGGAGAAGCUGCUUUUAUCGGCUGAGACUGAUAUUGACGAAGAUACCAGAAAAUGCCAAGCUAGCAAUACUUCGAACGUAGCAAAAAAGAUUACAUCGCUAAUUAAGGAAGAAUAUGUCCCUUAUAAACCACCUAUUGCUCCAAAACAGCACCCGAAAGAAAGAGUCUUAGGACAAAGCAAUGAACUAGACAGCUUUUUAAAGUUUGAUGGAGUUGGUGAAAAAGAUUCAGAACAGACAAAAGGAUGUUCUACGAAGGAUAGCUCAACAGCAAAGCCUGAGAAAAGCGUAGAGGACGUUUGUUCAUCAGGCGACACCAAUGCCGACCUUCUGUUGAGAAAAAAAGUUAAACAAACUUUUGAAGGAAUACUUAAGGCUUCCAAUGAGUUAAGCAAGCAAGAAGCGACAGCGAGCACAAGUGCGACUUCUAAAACAGAAAGCGCUCAGGCUUCCAAUGAGUCAAGCAAGCAAGAAGCGACAGUGAGCACGAGUGCGACUUCUAGAAGAGAAAGCGCUCAGGCUGCUGGACGCAGAGGAAAUAGUUUGACCACGUCUGGUAUGAGCGGCAGUCGAAAUGCCACAGCAGGAGAAUCUGGUGAUGACGAUCCGAAUGAUCCCAAUAAGAGACCUCAACUGCAGAAAGAACCCGAUGAUAUGAAAGAUGAAGACACAGAGGAACAAAGACGUAGAGCUGCAAAGAAGGAAUUGAUCAAUCAGAUGAUGGGGAUAACGGAUGGUCUUCUGCAGAAUGAAUUUCAGAGUUUAAGCGAAACUCUCUUCACGCGACGGCAAAGCAUAGAAGCAGUAGGAACUCUGGAAACGUUUGAUGAAACAUUGCCUUCAAGAAAAGGUAACUUGUCAGAAGUGAGCUGUGUUCAAGCUGAUGAAGAGCAUAAUUGGGACAGCUGCACAUUAGCAAAUAUGGAGAACGAUGGAGCAAUGAUCCAUGUUUUGACCAAUGAAAACACUCUUCUCAAGAAGGAACUUUUAAAAUUGAAGUCUGAAGUUAAUCAGAAGACAAAAGAGGUCAUGGAGACCCGGGACAAAAAUAGAACCUACAAAAAUGUGAUCUCCACAAUGGAAGUAGAUCUGGAGCUCCUUGAAGGAGAAAAGAACGAACUCACGCAAGAAUACAAGGACUUGACAAAUGAGGAAAUACUGAAAGAAUUGAGGAAGUUACACUCUGAAAUAUCCGAGGCAUCGAAAGAACUUGCCUCAGAAGAAGUUUUGGAAAGUGAGCUUAGAGGGCCUACGUCGAGUCCAUUGUCAGUGGAGCUUGCAGAGGUGGAUGUUUUUAGUCAACAACCUAAAGUGGACGAGACCAAUGAAAUAGUAACAUUGAUGCAUUCUAUCUCAGCUAUGACAGAAGAACUCAGAGAUCAGAUCACCAAGAGUAAAACCAAGCUUGCUAAGGCUUAUUCCAACAGUAGUCUUAAUGAGCUUGAAGAUAUGGAUGGUGAGAAAUUAAGAGAACUUCGUGAGGAGAUAGCUGACCUUCAGGAACAGUUAGUCGAAGAACGUACCAAAUUCGAAAUAUUUGAAAACAUCUGUAAAAACAGAACCGAAGAAAAUAAGAAGCUUCGUGAUCGGGUAGCAGAUCUAGAAAUAGAUGUUGCCAGGGCUGAAGGCCGUCUGAAGGAGACUAUAACUUACAAAAACCGUGAGUUAGUUAACAUCAGAAAUAACAUGGAGUUAAAUGGUAAUAAAGUGGACGAGUUGGUACGGGAAUUGCAUUUGCUGUCAGAAGGAAACUCAGCACUGAAAUCUGUGAUAGAUUCGCUCAACAGCAGAAUUCGUUUCAGAGAAAGGAGAGAGACCGAACUGGAAAACAUGGUUGACGAAUUGACUACAGAAAAUGAAAAGUUGUUACAACAAGUUAGCAAAGAAAGGAACAACCUGAAAAACUAUCAACGUGCGAACGACCAACGAAUAGCAGCACAUUCCAUGGAAGUUGCACGCAUAGAAUCCGCACUGCAGGACAAGAUUGAUGAGUUGGUUGACGUUCUUAGCAGUAUAGAUAAUUUCUAUGCUGGUGAUGAGCCAUUACCGGACCAUCCUUGUAUGGGAGCGAUUGAAAAGGGUAUUAAGAUACUUUAUGAUGUUUCUGGGUUGAUGAAGGCUAUUGGAUGUCCUGAUUUGCCAAGUGGCAACGAGAUAAGUGAAGCAGUUUUACAAGAAACAAAGGAACGACGACAACUAGAAAUAAUGAUUGAAGGUCUGAGACAAGAGGUCAAAAAUCUUAAAUCUGAUAAGAAAAGAUUUGAGAUGAAGUUGAAUACAGGGUGCAGAGAAGACACAGGAAAGGCUGAUGAAAGAGAUGAAAGAGAGACACAGUUAAGUGAAUUGGAGCAACAAAUAUCCACACUGCAAUCCGAUAAUACUUCCCUAUCACAGCUAUUGGGUGAUGUUAAGGAAUUAGCGGCAAAAGAUGCAGAAGUUCAUCAACUUCAACUUAGCGGACACCUCAAUCGUAUCAAGGUUCUGCAAGAGGAGAAUGACGAGCAGAAAGUCCAAAUAAAAACUCUAAACGAAAAUUUAUUGGAUCGUAAAGAAAAUAACCAGGCUCUGAAAAAUGAGGUGGAGGAUUUGCAGCUUGGAAAAGAAGCGCUUCAACAGAAAGUACAAGCGAAAGUAAAGGAGGUGUUGGAGCACAUGGCAAAACACGAAACCGUGAGAAAGAAAAUUCAGGAAGUCACAGCAGAGAGACAAACAUUUCAACAAAAAGUUGAGAAACAGAAAAAAGAGUUGUCUGAGCACCAACUAAAGAUCGAAUCUUUGACUAUUAAGUUAAAGGCAGUAAAUGAUGAGAAAGAAGAUCUUAAACAGAAAUUCAGUGGACAAAACGUAGAUAACGAAGCUAUUGAUACAAAACUGGUUAAACCGGUAUGUACUGGCGAAGCGGAUAGUCAACCGCUUUGCAAUUGUGCAAUGGCUGGUUCUUCUGACAAAACAAACGAUUCACAAGUACAAAAUGACGAGUUAAAAGAAAAGCUAGAAGUGUGUGAAACAUUCUUGGCACAAGUCAAGACAGAAAAAAUGGAUUAUUUAAAGGCCUUAAAAGAGUCGAGACAAAAUGUAAAGAUGAUGAGAAAGAGUUCUGAUGAGCAAAUAGCCAAGCUUAAACAAGAGCUGGAGGGCAAAGAUCUGUCAGAGAAUGAACUUCAAAAGACAAUGAAGCUGUUAGAGGAGAAGAUUGCAACACUUGAAGAUGAAAAAGCUGAAAGUAUAAAGCAAAUGAAAGGAAUAAUAGAGGGAAUUCAAGGAGAGAAUGAAUUGGAAGAACGCAAAAAGGAAUGUAAAGAACAAGAACUGGAACUGCGAAAAUCGAUUUCUGAACCAAGGUCUGAGAAAACAGAUGCACAGAAGGAACUAUUGACCAAGGUCACAGAAAAAUUCGAAAUUCGCAUGAAAGAGUUUGACAAGUGCCUGAAGGACCGUUACGCUCUACAGGAAGAAUUGGCCUGUCUGAAGGAUUUGCACUUGGAACAGAAGAAGGAGUUGGAAUAUGUGACCCAGGAAAAACGCAAGAUGAAAGAAGAAAUCAAGGAGAAAAGAACAGAGGUUAAGUUCAUUCGAGAAAGCUCAUCCGAAAUUAUCAAUGACUUGGAAAAGCAGCUCAAAGAUAGACAGGAUUUUGCUUUGGAGAUGCAAGAGAAGGCGACAUUUUUAAGCCAAAGGGUCGCGCAACUUGAAGCAGAGAAAUGUGAGAGUGUUAAGAAGAUCGAAGCACUGAUGCAGUCUUUGAAUGCUAAGGAAGACAUUGGUAAUCAUUUGACAGAAAUUAAGAACAGCGAAGAGCUAAGACAAGGUGAUAUGAUGCUUGUUUUGAAGGAGUCAAAUGAGAAAGUCCUCUCUUUGGAGAAAGAGCUUGAAGGUCGCAGUGAAUCAGAGGCAAUGAUGCAUAACAAGAUCUCCUCGCUGGACCUCAGGAUGUCAGAGUUGAAUGCGGAAAAGGCUCAGAGAGAAAACAAAAUGAAAACCUUGUUAGAAGCUCUAAAUGCUAAGAAGAACCUAGAAGAAGAUGUUCAAAAGAACGAUGAAGUGGAGAAGCAGCUUCUCCAGAAAAUGGAGGAGAUGAAAAGUGAAUUAUCUAGGUUGAAAUUUGCAAAAGAGGACUUGGAACGUCAAUUGUUAAGCCAGUUCACAUCUCCAGAGCAAAGCCAGAAUAUCAAAGAUGACCCACGUUUUGAAGAGAGUGCUAAACGAGAAACAGAGCUCAAGAAUCAGAUUAAAAAGCUCUCAGACGAAAAGAUCAAAGCAGAAAAAAUGUUACACGAAGGGGAAUCGCAAAGUCUGUUGGUAAUGAAGACUUCAGACGCAAAGAUUGAGGACUUGGAAAAUCAGCUGAAAUGCAAGAGUCUCUCAGAGGUAGAGCUCCAAGAGAAACAGCGCUUGCUUGAGCAUAAGAUUUUGUUAUUAGAAGGCGAAAGGGUUCAGCAUAGUAGGAGUAUUUCUUCGAUUGUAUCGAGUCUAAAGGCAAAGAAAGAAUUGUGUGAGGCCGUCAAAGCCAGAGACGAUGCAGAGAAAAAUUACAAUAUCAAACUCGAUGAGAUGGAGACGAUAGUCAACAAGCUUAGGAAAGAAAAAAGCAAGCAUGAUUGUGAUGUGGAUCUGAAGCAAAAGUACAAGGAUGAGUACGAAGAAUCGCGCCGUCAUGUCAAGAAACUAACAGAAGAUAUCUACAGGUAUAAUGAACGUGUAGAAGAGUUACAGGCCUUUAUUUAUGGAUGCGAAGAACAAGGAGAGGAAUUCGAUGAGGUUGAUUUGAGUGAAAACAUCGAAGACCUAAGGAGUAGCCUUGGAACAUCGGAUGUUGAGUUGAUCCAAACUCAACAAACACUUCAGGCUAAGAUUUCUAACUUAGAAGUCGAGAAAGGAGAAUUUGAAAGCGUGCUUACAGCGUUGUUGAAUUCUAUGGAAGCGAAGGAAAAGAUUGAAUAUUGUGUCGAAGCAACGAGAGAAGCAGAUAAGAAGGUGGUGAAACAGAUGGAUGAGAUAAUAGACACGGUGCAAAGACUUAAAGCUGAAAAAGAAUUGGUUGAACAAGAGCUUCAUACGUCUGAGAAUAUUCGAGUUGCGAUCGCUUUGGAUGCGGAAAUGUUACAAACACAGUCAGAUGAAAAAAUCUCGCUUUUGGAACAAACUUUGAAGGAACGUUUGGAGUCAGAGAAAGAUCUCAAGGAACGACUUGAGCUAAUGAGGCAAGAACUUGCACGCUUUGAAGGCGAGAAAUACCAGGCUGACAAAAUCCUUCAGACUAUGCUAGCAUCUUUACAAAGACGUGAAAAACUUGAAAACUGUUUGAAAGAACAAGAAAGAAUUGAAACAGAGUUAAAUUCAAACAGUGGAAGAGCGUUGAAUUUAGAUCGCCAAGAAGUCAAAUCGGUGGCCUCUUUAAUAGAACUACUGCAAUCAAAAGAACAACAGUUUGGACAAUGUCAGAAAGAAAAAGAAGAAGCCGAGAAGAGUCUGAAAACUAAAGAGAUGGAACUAGAGUUACGGGUAAAGGAUGCCGAAAGACAGUCACAAAUUGAAAAGUUGAAAGCAAAUCUUACGGUCAUGGAAGAAGAGAAGAAAGAUCUUCAAGAAAAGCUGGAGAAGCACGGCAAGGUGUCUGAGGAACGCGAGGAAGAGGUAAAUAAGAUCAUCCAAAGUGAGCAGGAUCUUCUACAGAGAUUAUCUCAUGCGGAAAACAUCCUCGAACAGUUGAAGGAAGAUAAGCAUGUUUUGAAAAAACAGCUGAGGCAAGAACGUCUAGAGAGACAAGAUGCAAGUAAUAGUUACAUGGAUAAGAUCAGCUUCGUAUCGAAUGCCAUUGAACAGAAGCACGCAGACACAGAGAGCGAGCUUCGGCAAGCGAUCGAUAAAUUAAAUAGUCAAAUUGCUACCAUGCAACAAGAGAAGGAAGCGUCCAUUGAAGAAUAUAGAAAGGCCGUAGAGAACUUAAACAUGGAGCUCGUGCUUAGAUCUAAACGUGAAGCGAAGCUAAGAGAGCAAUUGGAUGAUCUUGAAGAUGAAAUCACAAACACAAAAACCGAGCUCAAGAAGGAAAUAAAGCUGCAGGAAGAGAAGGAGAAGGAGAUUGAGAAUCUAAAAGGUGAACGAAAGAUUUUGUCUGAAAAUGUGACAAAAAUGGAAUCCAAGUUGACGAAAGAGCUGGAAAAGUUAUCGCAACGCGAGACAGAACUUAAAGAAGAGAAAGAGACUGAAAUCAAGAGGUUAAAAUCAGAGAAUAAUGCGGUGCUAGAAAAUUUGAAGACCAAGAUGCUAAAAUUGGAAACCGAACUGGAGUAUCAAGUGAAAAAUGAGGCGGCACUUCGUGAGGAAAAAGCGAAAGUUUUAGAAGAACUCAAGUUACAGGAUGACAUUAAAACGGAAGUAGAUCGACUGAAGUCAAUUAUCAAGACUAUUGAAGAGGAAUGCCGAAGGCUAAGAGAAGAACGCAGCGACUUGCAAUCUGAAGCAGCAAGAAGUGCGCAAACAUCGAGGGACACAAUUACAAGACUGCAAGAAGACCUGAAGAAUCAAAAUGACAACAAUGAGAACCUCCAGACCAUGGUGAACGAAAUAAAGUCGAAGGAAUCUUGCUUCCUCGAGGAAAAACGUAGACAUGAACAGGAAAUAUCUGACUGCGAAGGAAGGAUAAUGAAACAAAAAGAGUACCUUGAAAAAUCCCUGCGAAAACUCAAGAAGCAAAAAGAACACGAGCAACGUAUGAAAGACGAUCUUACAUCUCAAGUGAACGAAUUGAGCCUAGAAAUCACCCGCUUGCUAGAGGUGAAACACAUGCAAGAGGAAGAAAAAGCCGAAUAUGAGAGCAAUAUUCGACGUCUGAAGGUUCAUAUUGAGAGCCUAGAAACUCAAAUCAAUUAUCAAAAGAAUGAGUUGGUGGAGUCACAAGUUAGGAUUUCAGUGCUUGAGGAUUUCAAGGUCCAGAGCGAUGCUGAACAUGAAAGACGACAACAAGAGGCUGUCUCUGAAUGCAAAAGAGCCAACGCAAAGAUAGAUGAACUUCGCAAAGAACUUCACCUUGAUCUAAAGAGCACGUCUGUCUUGGAAAAUGAGAUCAAAACUUUGAAAGGAAAAACAGCCGAAAUCAACCAAAAAACUGAAAGCCAGAAAUCAGAGAUAGCGAAUCUUUACCGUCUUUCCAAGGGAAAAGUAAACAAAGAUGACGAACAAAUAGAGAAGCUUAAGAAAGGCAGCGAAGAGCUAAGGGGACAGGUUCUUUGUCUGCAAGAAGAGAAGGAAAGUCUUGCCAGCACUAUGGAUGCAUUUCAGUUGUUUGUUGCGAGGCAUAAAAUAGAGAUGGAGCGACUAGAGAACAAGAUCAAAGAGCAAGAAGGGAAGAUGAACGACUGCCAGACGCAGAGCUUUGAGAACACUCAGGGUAUUGAGGUCUUACAGAGUUCCCUGGAUAACUCAGAAAGGCUUAGGAAUACUUGGCAUUUCUACAACGAUUUCAAAAAAUGGUGCAGUCCGCCAGUGACAACGUGGGUGUGGUAUGCCUUGUUCAUUAACAUGUUCUUAUCGUCAUAA